AUGCUAUCAGAUCUCGACCAGGUGUACACAGCAGUCAAAGAGAUGAGAAACAUAAUGGGCUUACCAGAAUUACCGCCACUACAAACAUCACGAAUGAACAAGCGAAAGGAAUCAUCAGCACCGCCACCUCAAGAGUCAACGACACUUCAACUGGAGGACAACUACGGCCCAUCAUGCGACAACUCGCCGAAGCUCACGCCCGAAGACGAUAGACUACCCCAUGCGCCUAUUCAUUCUCUCUACACUCUGACUAGAAUGAGGGCGCUUCGAUCGCCUGGAAGUGGGAACGAAAAUCCAAGUCAAGCUAUCAAUGAUUUUAUUUCUCAAGGACAGAUCUCAUUGGGUGAUGCUGAGCGACUGUUUGUUGUUUAUCGAGAUCGUUUGGACGGGUUCAUUUACUCUAUUGGAUGUCCCUAUAAAACUCUCGAGCAGCUUCGUCGGAAGUCAUCGAUCCUAUGUGCGGCUACACUCACCAUCGCAGCGCUUCAUGAUCCAGCAGCUGAUAAAGUAUACGGCAUUUGCAAUUCUGAACUUCGGCGAUUGACUGAAAAGUCGAUGCUGCAGCGACAAGGGGAUAGGGACUACUUCCGAGCUCUCAGCAUCGCCUCAUACUGGCUUAGUGACUUGUCCUGGACGUUGUCAGGUCAUGCGAUCAGACGAGCUGCAGAAUGCAAUAUCCACAACAGUUAUAGUCUAGCCAUCAAGGAUCAAUCUGAAGAGGCCAUGGACUCGGCGCGAAUCUGGUCUAUCCUCUAUAUCUGCGACCAACACCUCGCUAUUCUGUACGAUAGACCGGCGAUAAUCCAGGACGAUUGGCUUACGCAGGACUGGGAGGGCAUCUUGAAAUGUCCCCUGGCUACAGACCAGGAUGAGAGACUCAUGAGUCAGGUUGAGCUGAUGGGUAUCUUGCGGAAUAUCCGACGACUAUUUGGUCCUGAUAAAGGAGAGGAGAUCCCUAGAUUGUAUCUGAGUCAGAUAGGACACUAUCAUCGACAGCUUGACCAGUGGAUCACGAAAUGGACUGAUCGGCUCCCAGAGGGCCAUCCCAACAUCGGAGCAUUCCCCCGAAAAGGCGCACUCUUCCACUUCCACCUCGCCCAACUAUACCUCUACUCCCACGUCUUCCGCGGCCAAUCCAACCAGAUACCCAGUCACUUCCUCGACACGGCCUCAAUGGCAGUGACUUCCGCAUCAGCCAUCAUCGACAUCCUCCUCACAGACCCCGAUCUCUCCACCAGCAUCGUCGGGAUACCGUCUUAUCUCCUAUCUAUGACAGCAUUCGCAGCUAUGUUCCUCGCCAAAGUCUCACAUAAAUAUGGUGAUAACCUGUUUAGAAGAGAUCAGGCGCUGGAUCAGAUUACUCGACUGAUCAGCCAUUUCCGGUCUUUGUCUAUGGGGAAGUGGCAUUUGGCUAAUCUCAUGAUCAGAGGUUUGGAGACUGUUACUAGUCUUUUGACGUCGCAUGGGGUGCAGGAUAAAGUCCAGAAUGCGAUUUCGUCCAUGAUGCCUGGGAGUGAGACUAGUCAGGGUCUUGAGGAUGUCUAUAACACUAAUCCUGAUAUGUUCACUGGGAUUGACGGGAGCACGAUGCCUACAUGGGAUACGACCUUUGGAUUAUCACCUAUCUUUGGGUUUGAUCCGUCGUUCCUCGAUGUCGAUGGGUAUAUGCAGUCAAUGGCCAUCUUUCCAAAUACCGAAGGAACAUAA